CCUGCCCAAGAUCCCGGUGUGCGCGCUCCCGCGUCAGGCUUGUGGAGAGGGGGGAAACAUGCAGCGGCAGUUGUCGGAGCCACGCCGAAGAGCGAGAGAAGCGGAGGAUUCGUGGACGAAAAAACCCACUCGCAUUAGUGUCACCGGUCGAUUUCUUCCCACUCGGAUUGCAGUGACAAGAGACGCCUUCUCACGCGGCGGGGUAUUCGCCUUGACGAGAGCAGCUCAACGUCGAGGAGAGUGCAUCAUUUCACUGGGCCGUGUUGCUAAGCUGUGAGGGCAAGUACCGCCAAUCGUGACUCGAAUUAAAAAGCCACCGUGCCGCUCCUCAAACGAGUCCUUUGAGCCCAAGCCGGUUCCUCUAGUGGGCACUGUCUGCUUCAAAAACCGGGACUCAAUGGCCGCCGCGCUUGCCUCUUGGCACACAACAAUGCACGAGAUCCCCACGCUUGAGAUUUAAACGGCCACCAGUGCGGUUGGUUCCCGAGAUCGACGCCUUCAUGGAGGCGUUUGCUGUCCACUGACCACCAACCGCGCGCGUCCGCAGCCAUGUCUGCCUGCAGCACCUUCACCGAGCAUGUGUGGAAACCGGGCGAGUGCAAGAACUGCUUCAAGCCAAAAAGUCUGCACUGCGCUCCGAGCGGCAGCGACAAGCCUCGGGCCGAGCGCAGAUUGGCGGCGGCAUCUCAGAAUCCGCCCCGCGCUGGGACCAGAGCCAACUCCAACCUGGCCGACAACUCCCAGAGGAGCGGCGGUGGCGGGACGGCGCGCUCGGGACACUUCCGUCCACCCGUGGCAAAGAAGCCAACCAUCGCCGUUAAGCCCACCAUGAUGCUGCCGUGUUCUUCUUUGGGCUCUGGUUCUAACGGCAUAAUCCAGAGUCCGACAAAUGUCCCUGAGCCGGGCAAAGGUUCAGCCUUCGUGGUCUGGAAUCGUAACGGAUUGAACUGUAGGAGGGCCAGCGAUACGAGGAACAACAACGAGGGCGAGGAUGGCGAUGAUGAAAUCGAGGGCUACGAGCAACUUAGUCCCAGAACCCCGAGCGGAAACAAUAAUAGCGGACUGACGGACGUCUUAAAAGAGAUUGCCGGCUUAGGCCCCGGUCCAAGCCUAACGCCCGUCGCCUCCAAAGACUUAUUUUGGGGACGGAUCAGUAGCUCGUACCAGAGGUCGUUGGAAAGAGGCCUUCCGGCUUCCAGCUGUUUGGCCAUGGGAAGUUGCGUCACCGGCAGCAGCACGAGUCAGAAACGGGUUUCGCUAAGUGACAGCGCAGAGAUAAUCAGCACAGAGGGCGGUCGCUUUUGCUACCCCGAAUUCUCCAGCGAAGACGAAGACGAUGAGGAAGAGUCGGAAAGAGACGACGAGCACGAAAGCUGGGACGAAAGCGACGAAGAGUUACUCGCCAUGGAGAUCCGCAUGAGAGGCCAGCCGCGCUUUGCCAACUUCCGCGCCGCCACCCUGUCCCCGGUGCCGUUCGCCGCUAGCAAAAAGUGGAACACCGUCCCGCUCCGCAAUCGUUCUUUGCAACGGAUCUGCGCCGUGGACUACGACGAUAGUUACGACGAGAUUCUAAACGGUUACCCCUCGGUGGAGACCGCCGGCGUUAUUAUUUACGGACCUCCGGACUGUCAAGGUAGCGACUUCCUUACAAAUUCGGGGUCCACCGUUUCUCCAGGAUCGUCUUCGUCCCUACCGGAAGAUUCUCAGACGACUUCUAGCAGCGAAAGCGGGGUGUCGUGCGCGGCCCCAAAUGGAUCGCAAUCCCCCAAAUCCCCCACCGCCACAACAUCUGUGAAAAAAGAAUCCGCUCGCAGAGCGCUGACUCCGGUCAAGGUUCUGGAAAUGCACAAAGCCGUUCUGGCGAUUCACUUGGACGAUCCGGAUCAGUCGACGUCUAUGCCUCAGGCUCUUCCGGGCCAGCCGGUUACCAUCAGUUUUAGUCCCACGGAGGAGCAGGCCAAGCCGUACCGUGUGGUCAACUUGGAAAAAUCACUUAUUUGUAAACCUUACACCGUCGUCGACGUAUCGGCGGCCAUGACGGGCAAAAGCGAAGCAUCGGCGGAUCCGAAGCACAAAAACAAAACGUUUUGUUGCGCCGCCGGACAGCCGACAUCGCCCACGUCACCGACGUCGCCUUUGGACCGUUCAAAUGCUCCGUGGAAAAAAAUAGGGAGCACGCGCUAUCAAGAAGUCUGGACAUCAAGCACAAGUCCUCGUGAAAAAAUCCCCAAAGUCGAUCCGGGGAACGGGAACGCCUCCGGCCGCUCGGUACCUUCUCCACAUUUGAGCCACAAAUCGGCUCCCACGUCUCCAGUCGCCGGGCUGUCGUCUUCCCGAACGGUCGUGGUCAAAUCUCCCAAUUUAUCGGAGAUCAAGUUCAACAGCUUCAACAACGCCGGCAUGCCUCCUUUCCCCAUCAUCAUCCGAGACGAGCCGGCGUACGCCCGCAGCUCCAAGAACGCCGUCAAGGUCCCCAUCGUGAUCAAUCCCAACGCUUAUGACAACUUGGCCGUGUAUAAAAGCUUCCUGGGACUCCACGGGGAGUUAGCCCAGGUCAAAGCCGUCGCCAGCCGGGCCACCAGCCGGGCCACCAGCCAUACCUACGAAGAGAUCGGUUCCUCCGAGAGCGUCCGAUCCACGGAUAAAACCCCUUCCGGCCGGGGUACCUCUGAAAGAGCAUCUUCGGAGGAGACCAAAACUCCAUCUGAAGCAAAAUCACCAAAUUUACAGCCAAGCCCAAAUUCCAACGCUGAAAAAAGUAGUGCAACUCCCAUGGCGGUAAGACACGAUCUCAGUCGGGAUGAUCUUCUCGAACAGUCUUCAGGUGCGGGAUUGAGCCAACAAGUGGACGCCAGCGUCGUGCUCUCGCAGAUCGUGGCCUCUAUACAACCCCCCCAAUCUCCUCCAGAUUCUCCCUCCGCCCACGAAAAAAGCUUCGGCGCCGAGGAACUUUACGCCCUCCCGCCCGACGCCGUGAGAGAGACCCCGACGUCUCUAUCAAACGAGGUCGCAAGAAACACCAUCUCAAAAGUUCUGGCCAAAUCUCAGAGCGCCUCGGCCGCCGUUCCCCUCUCGGCUUGCCGGUCCGAGCCCAACGCCCCUUUCCCACCUCCCAGGUCUACGUCGUCCCCUUAUCACGCUUCCAACAUCCUCCAGAGACAUUUUGGCAAUUGGACAAAGAGCGCCGCUUGCAGUUCUCCCCUGCGCUCCGGCGACGGCGAAACUCGUCCAAACGGAGACGCCAAGCGGAACCAAGCAGAGAGCUCCAAACCCAAACGCUGGAUCUCCUUUAAGAGUUUUUUCCGGCGGCGGAAAGAUGAUGACGAGAAGACGGAGAAAGAAAAGGAAAAGGGCAAGCUGGUCGGGCUGGACGGAACCGUCAUUCACAUGCUCCCGCCGCCGCCGGUUCAGCAGCGCCACUGGUUCUCGGAGGCGAAAGCCGAAGAUCCCUCUCAGAAACCCACCAUUGUUUUUACCUACAAAAUGGAGAGAGCGGAGGGAGAAGAAUGUAAGGAGACUGCACUGCUGACACCCGGCCACAGCGAGGAGUCCGGACCUUUGAGCCCGGGGCGACAAGCACCCGCACCGGAGGUCACCCAAGUUGCCCCGGACAACGACGUGAGCCAGCUAGCAGCCGCCGGCGCCAACAACGUGGCGGCGGCGGCUGGCGAGCAGCCCGCCGUCACGCCGCUCCCCGCCAGAGUGAAUCUAGGCCUGGUGCUCGGGGAGGCCCGCGCCAACCGGGUCGCGUCGGCCGGCAGCGAGCGCAGCGCCAGCCUCGGCGAGCCGGAGGAUGACGCCAAUCGCUCGCACUCGCCCGCCUCCAGCCAGUGCAGCGCCACCUACAGUAACCUCGGUCAAUCUCGAGCCAACAUGAUCCCCCUGAAACAACCCCGCAGCAUGAAGGCAUCCAACGACACCCUGGCGUCCAUCGAUCUCGAAGGCCUGGCCGAGCAGCCGCCACUGCCGCCGCACAAGACCACUCCGCCGCCCUUGCCCAAAAAAUCGGUGCCUCGCUCGGUCACGGAGCUCGGCCUGGCCGCCAAGGAGCACCACCAGGGCGGCUUUCGACCCAGGGCGGAGGCCAAACCUGGCGGCACCAACCUGAGCGUGGCCAACCCGCUUUAUGACUUGGAUACUACCUGGGAGACGGCCAGUCAGAGCUCGUCCGUCGGUACUCACGAUCAGGAGAGCGGAGACUCGCUGGAGCGGCCGUCGGGCACCUUUGGCAGAGCCCGCCCGGCUAACAGCACGUCUUCGCUGAUGUCGCAAGCCAGCAGUGCAACCGGCGCCUCCAGAGAAAGGAAAGUCUACCCCAGCACAGAAUCUCUCGCCGGCAUGAAUCGUAAAUCGGGACAAGGCGCCGCCGUCGCCCCUUCCAAGCAUCCAAGGCCCGCUCUUUACCGCGGACUGGACAGCUGGGAUGAGGUGGUGGGCAGGAUCAGGGGCCUCCACGCGGACACUCUGCGGAAGCUGACCUCCAAGUGCGAGGAUCGUUUCAUGGCCGGCCAAAAGGAUCACUUGAGAUUCGAAACAGACAGCUGGUCCGACUUCAGGCUGACCACCGGGAAACCUUGCUGCGAGGCCGGAGAUGCCGUCUACUACACCGCUUCGUACUCCAAGGACCCGCUGGUCAACUACGCCAUCAAGAUCUGCCGAAGCAAAGUGAAGGAGACCCAGCAGCAAUUCUUCCACAGCCUGGCCGUAAGGCAGAGCCUGGCCUUGCACUUCAACAUCCAGCAGGACUGCGGCCAUUUCCUGGCCGACGUCCCCAGCAGCAUGCUCCCCUGGGAGGAGGAGGACGAUGCAGAAGAAGAAGAAGAGCAGGGGGAAGAUGAGAAGAAAGAGGGCGGAGACGGCUUGAAAGAAAGACAAGUGAAAUCGGAAGCCAAACGUCCAAACUCCGAGUCGGACGAGAGCUCAGCGGGCUGCCCGCGGAGCCGAGUGGUGGUCAUCACGCGGGAGGUGCCUUUCCAGACGGUGGCCGACUUUGUCCGCCAAGGCGUGUCUCGGCACACGCAGAAACCGCAGCUGUACGAGCGGCAGGUGUGCCUCCUGCUGCUCCAGCUGUGCUCGGGCCUGGAGCACAUGAAGCCUUACCACGUCACGCACUGCGACCUGCGCCUGGAGAACCUGCUGCUGGUUCACUGCCGCGACGGCGGAAGCGCCGAACCCAACAACAACGGCGGCUGCAAAUCCGCCGCUGCCGCCGCCGACUCUUCCUGCCCCGCCCGCCUCAUCAUCAGCAACUUUUCCCAAGCCAAGCAGAAGAGCGCCCUGGCCACGGCCGACCCGGGCGCCCUGCGAGAGCACGCUCGACUGGCGCCGGAAAUCAUCACAGCCACUCAGUUCCGCAAGUGCGACGAGUUCCAGACCGGGAUUCUCAUCUACGAGAUGCUGCACCGGCCCAACCCCUUUGAGGAGAUGCCGGAGCUGAAGGAGCAAGAGUACACCUGGGCCGACCUGCCGGCCCUGCCCGUGCGCUCGGUGUACUCGCAGGGCCUGCAGCAGCUGGCCCGCUUGCUGCUCACCGUCAACCCCUCGGAAAGGAUCCGCAUGUCGGAGGCCCGGGCCUGCCUGCAGUGCCUGCUCUGGGGACCCCGCGAGGACUUGUUCCAAGCCCUGGGCUGCAUCGGAGCCUCGGGCUCGUCGGCCGCCUCCGCUCAGCGCCAGGCCAUCCUCCAGAAUUGGCUGGACCUGAAGCGCACGCUGAUGAUGAUCAAGUUCGCCGAGCGCUCCAUGGACUCUGCUUGCGGCGUGAGCCUGGAGGACUGGCUCUGCUGCCAGUAUUUGGCCUUCGCUAGCACGGAGAGCCUGAGCCGGGUGGUGCACGUCCUGCAGCAGCCGCAGCCCCCGUCCCAGAACCACAACCUCAACCAGUCUGCCCCCGCCGGGCACAACCCCGCUCACCUAGCCUUCCACCAAACUCAGUCCCAGCCACUCUGAGCUCCACUGUGUGGUUGCCAAGGCAACAACUUGGCCCCCUUUUGUGGUCCCAGCGCUGAUGCUAAUGUUUGGUGUGGGCUGUUGGCAUCAUCAGCGUUUGUUGAUAGGUAAAAUUGCACCGAUUCAACAUCAACAGCAGGACAGAGUCGGAUGAAAUGAACGCGAGCUGGAGAACAUUAGGACAAUGCGAUUCAAGCUAAUGAAAGACGAUUUGGACCAUCGGCAGUAAAGCGGCAGCUGCGGUUAGCUCGAAAAGUAUUAGUAGAUGCCUUUACAUGCCACCACCAUGGAAUAUUUUGAUACAUUUUAGAGGUUUCCCAAAAAUAUAGCUCUUCCCGUUUUGUAUAUAAAUUAGCUCAAUUUGGAUGACUUAAUAAUAUAUUGAAUUUUAAAUGGUGUUUUUUAACCAUAAUUUGAAUAGAAUUGUAUUUUUUCAAAUUUAUCAAAAUUAGUUGAAAAUAACUGAAUAAUAUAAAUGUGUGUCAAAUGUUCCUAUUGCAAGAGAAACCAAUGAGAAGUAAAAAUACAUUUACAAAUCCAUCAUAGGUAGAUGUUGAUGAAGCCAAAGACCUGCCACAAAUUGUCCAUUUAAACAUCAUGACACAAAACAUUACGACUUGCGUUUACGACCCUGUCCAAAAUGAGCCAGUGAUUUAUCAGCGACUUGUGAAGCUUUUUUUUUUUUUUUUUUCUCCUCGUCAACGCUAGUAAAUCCUUCCAACUUGCUGUAUUACGUUUUGACACCUGUGCAGGAGAUUUACAGCCUUCAAACUUGAAGUAAAAAAAUAUUUCCCCUGACUUUUCAUGCCAUCUGAUUCUCGCAAUAGUUUUCUGGCACAUAUGAGAAUUCUCACUGCGGACAAACAAAAGGGAUUUUUUAUUUUUUUUUGUCUUAGACUGGACUGCAUAUUUUAUCACACCAGGGUUGUGUUGGGAAAGGUUUGGUGGCAUCAGCGCUAAUCCGUUGGAAUGUAGAAUGUAAAACUUUUGCUGUUUGGACCUUUCUACCCAUGAACCACUUAGAGACGGGUUUCCAUUCCACACUGCCUCCUUUCCCGUCCAUCCUUCUGCUUUUGAGGACCAUUAUCGCCUUGAAUCGGGCCUGCCUUGCAAAUCGAAUGAAAGGAAAAGCUCGGAGGAACAGAAAUCCCCACAACACUAAUCCCACCCGAGACGUGUUUUUUUUUUUUCGUGAUCCUCAGACUCGCUCGGCCGCGAAUGCACAUGGGUUCAUUUGUGGUUCGGAUGCCUUUGGUUCAACUUGACUCUUUGUUGUUUUGCACAUAACAAAAAAAAAAAAAACAUCCAAACUGACAUGGACAAGAUACUUGGCAUUGACUUUUGUAUUAUUUUGCUUGGUUUUCUUUUUGGGGGAAAAACAAUUUCUAUGAGGGGGAAAAUGUUACUUUUGCAAAAUGGAAUGGUGGUCAAAAAGGGAGGGAAGGAAAGAGACAAAGUAAGUGUGGAACGGACUUAUAUACAAAUAUAAGAAUGUCUGGAGAGCACUGGUGGCUGUCCUUGUAUUUAGAAAUUCAAGCCUGAAUAUAUACAUCAUCUAUUUUACGUCUUUUUUUUUUUGAGCACCGAACUAACAUUUGAACAUCCCACCGUCCGUGACGUCACCGUGCUCCGUUCAGUUUGUAUCUGGCACGGUGCCGCAAAUGAACACCACUGAACAGCAACGCAUCCGUUGUGAUUUAUUUUGACAACAAAUGUACAUUUAUUGUUAACAAACAGUGAACGGGAAAAAAAUAAAACAUGUUUUUGAUAUGUA